AUGGCUGCACGCGUUCCUCUCCGUAUGCAUUCAUGGUUCCGGGUUCGAAUUAGUCCAAAGUUAUUGUGUGGAGACGGAAUGAGCCAAGUGGUUAGAGCAUUACUGACCGGACCGGAAGGUCCGCGGUUCGAACCUGACCUCUGCCUCUCGACUUCCCCUGUUUACGCUUGGGCAACCUGGCAGUAUCCCAGCCCUCGUGCCUCCUUCCGCCAAUUUCUGAAGUUUCCCAAUAUGCCAACACUUUCAGAUGCACUUCAAUCAUUGCUUUGGGAGACAGAUGACAAUCGUUUCGGAGUUUCUGUUGCUGAAAAUUCUUCGACAGCCCACGACUGGUUUCGUCCUUCUUGGGGCUCAUCAGGUAGGCGCAGUCCACGAGUUUCCGUCAACCUCAUGUUCUACUUGAACCUAAAUUGGACAGUUUUCGAGAGAUACACUCUUUUGCGAAUCAGUUGCCAUAUAUGA